UAAACGAACCCGCUUAGCCACCCCGCUAAAAUACAUGUGGCGGUUGAUGCGGCCCAGCUGCAAAGUCUUAGUGGCCCAAUUUUGGCCAGCCCACCAAAGUCCGUGGACAAGAGUUCAAGCCCGCAAGACCCGCAUCGACCUCCUCCUCUCGUCUCGCCAGUCGCCACCACCGUCGACUCAUCGACACCUCCGCCUGCCGCAAUCUUCCGCCCGAUUCCCGUCGCCACGCGCCUGCCCUCCCGUCGCCACGCGCCGCCUCACUCCCUCUCUCUCUCUCCCGUGCCGCCAGCUCGCCAGCGCUCCCUCACCUCGCGCUGCCCGACCGCCGAGAAUGCAGCAGGCAACCCUAGGCUAGGGUUUUCACUGGGAUUCUUCGCGCCCGCUCGUCGAUUCGCAUCUUCGGCCACUGCGCCUCGGCUUCCUCAACUCCGGUCCUGUGACAGAUGGAGAUGGCAGAUGCAAGCAACUGGGGUUGGCACUCUAGUGGUGUGGCGGAGGGGAAGGGGGAGGAGGAGGAUUCUGACCAAGAACCUUUUUGUGAUGAAUUGGAGCCCGCAGGUCGACCGGCUGGCAGUCCUCAACAAACUGGAUCUCACCAAGAAUUUUAUGUAGGAAAUCAGAUGUCAACUCUACCAUAUGAGGUUGUGCCAAGAGAGCAGGUUAGUCAAGAAAGGGAGCAGCAAAUAGGUAUGCAAACAGGACUACGGGAACCUUUAACUGCAGCAGCAAAGAGCGUGGCAAGAAUACAGUCAUUGUUGAAAAGAAAGUCCCCACUAAUGCAGCAGAUUGUGAGGUCACCAUUACUGAAGAGGCGGCUAAUGUCACCGAGGUUGGCUUCUCGUGUUCCUGGACAAGGUGUAGAUGCACCUAGAUCAACUAGAAAGCGCAAACUUAGAUCUGCUGUUUGGAAAGAGUUUGAGCCAAUUUAUGAAGGAAAUUUAAUUGUGCGAGCUAAAUGCAUUAACUGUUUGGAUUUAUUUGCUGCCAAUCGAGAAAAUGGUAGAAGUGCCUGUCGUAGGCACUUGGAAGUGUGCAAGGAGCGACUUAGAAUGAAUCAAAUGGUUGAGAAUUUGAGGACAGAUGCUGUGUCCCCCGAUGCACUUGCGUUGAAAAACUGGAAGUUCGACCAGGAAGUGUCACGGGAAGCAAUGAACUACGGUCGUUGA